AUGUUGACCUACUCGACAGCCUGCCGCCGACUGUGGCAUGUCGCAGGCGCCUUUUCCUCUCGGUGCGGAGACUUGAACGAACACGAGGCGCCGCCGAGAUAUGCAGCGCUAUCGAAUGGCGCAGAUCUUCACCUCGCACAUGAAAGCACGCCGGACGGAACCAAAGGAGGUUUCGAAGAUAUUUCACUGAGGGACGCUCCACAUUUACGAGCAGCAAGAUAUUGCGUCACUAGGCAGAAGAAGCGUCAACUCUUUGCCAGCUGUGAUGCCGCGCCUGACUCACUCCGUGAGCCCGAGUGGCUGCUCGACACGAGGCAUCGCUCGAGCGUCGAGAUCGAUAGGCUGCGGUUCCUGGCGCCGACGUAUGGAAUGACGUUGCAGGGUGUUGUCGGGGGGUUUCAAGUUGAAAUCAAGUUGAACUUCGGCUCAGCCUGGUUUACUUCUACUCCCCCUCAUCACGACCGUCGACGACCCCUCACGAACAUCCGCUACGGCAUGGGGUUCUUCAAGCGUUUCUUCUCGCUGGGGAGCCGCAAGUCCAAGAAGAGCAGGAAACAAGCAGAAUCCGCUGCCACCGUUCCCGUCGACAGCGAAGGCCGAAUCAUCCGCACACAGAAUCAUGACUCGGACGCCGACGCGAAUCGUCUCCUACGCUCAACAUCAGCACGCUUUGCUGUCUUAGCCGACACGGAUUACGCGCCACCGCCUCCACUCCCGCCGAUCAACCAUCUUGCCGUUCCUUUGUCUGCGUCUCCCGCCCGGUCCUCUAUGAGUCUUCAACGAAGCAACACUUAUGUCGUCAAAGUUCACAGUCGUACCCUUCAUUCUUGCACAGAGUUUCCUAACGCCAACCCACGCAUCUCCUCCGAUGAGCCAUCUCACGACCGUCACGAACCUCGCACUCCUUCCGUUCACGCCGAUCGUUCACGCCUGAAAGACGUCCUCUUUACGCCCCGUGACGAGAGCCGUUUGUGUGCAUUACGCCGCGACCCUUCUGUCGCCAGCUUGUUGAACAUGUAUGACGAUAAAGGAUGUCUUGACGAAAACGCGUUCUCCAACACACCACCAACUCCGGCACCCAUCAAACAAGAGGGUCGCGAGCAGAUCAAACGAUCUGGCUCAACUCUGCGCCAGCUAUUGGGCAAUCCUGACGAAGAUGGCGGACCAACUGAGGGUGACAUAUCCUGGGCAGAGCGCUUCCUCAGAGAAGCGGAGUCUCCUGCCUCAUCGACAGAUUCUCUCCCUCUUGAGACUCCCGAUGAUACUAGCUUGACGUUCCCUCGAGAUGUUGCACGUGCCGUCGAUUCGACGAAUCAGUCAACCGACCAGUCCGCAUCUCUGCAGUACCCUGCCAUCUCAUCCGUGGAGGUAGAGUAUAGCGGUGCGUCUGCCUCUCCCGAGAAAUCCGCGUCCAUCUCAGUCGAUGAGCCCGUCCCGAUCGUCGUUGCUCCUGAGACGAGGACCCCCCAACGGGCGUCUGAAGUAUUCGGUUUCCUCACCGAGCGUAGAAAAUCCCUACGCGACCGCACGAGAAGCCAGCCCCUCCCGGCACUUGUGCUGUCAGAUGCUGCUCCAGGACAGGACGAUCAUCUUCGCGAGGGCGUUGACAAGUCUGCUUUCGCCUCGGAGUCUGUAGAUGACUCGCAAGAUCAGUCGAACAUCUCGCACUGGCAGGUACAGACGGCCACGCUCAUGAAACUCUCGAGCGCCCCAGCUUCUGUGACGAGUAGGGCGAAUGCCUUCUCGACUUCAGUGCCCUCUCUGAUGGGUCCACCACGACCUAGGUCAACCCCUGCUGAAGGGGCUGGCCCGUCACAACUAACACAGCACGUUACGCGAAACCCCUCCCAUGACUCACGACCUCCCGCGCUACUGAAGCAAGUCCUGACCGGGACGUCGACGGACGAGACCCAGAUACCGGGUCAAUCGAGCAGAAUACCCCGCGGCCCUCGUCCUCGACAGUCCCGUCAGGAACCGCAGCCCGACUCAACGUCUGAUUCCCGACUCAACCAGACCUCGCAAACAGAACAUCGUCCUCCUCAACCAACACGUAUCAGCAGCAAGACCACUGCCCCAUUGUCGGGGCCUAGUGGACCACGCGUGCCUUCCACACGUCCGUCCAAGGGCGCCGUCGUCGUCGCAGAUGCCCCGAAUGAUGCUUCGACGGCUGCCCCUCGUAAGCAGCGUAGAGUUACUUCACGCUCGACGCCGCCUAUGUCUGUCCUCGUGGAUGCCAAGCACGCGUAUCCCAACGCGAGCACCUCUCGCAAAGCGUCUGCCCGUGCCCUACGUGCGCAGAAUCUCAACAUCAACUCCAGCCAUGAGAACGAUAAGGAGAAUUCUGCGGACAUGUCGAUGUCCCCCCUACCUAGCCCGUCUCUCAAGGGCAAGGCGAAGAUCUCGCCACAGAUCAAGACCGCCCCAACGACACCGUUACGCGGUCGCUCCAUUUUUGACAUGCGCUACCCGAAUGGGGCUGAUGGUUUGGCGCCAUCGCCUGCAUCGUCUUCCGAUCUGUCGCCCGUCGCGCGCGACAUGAUGGCAAGCGUGCGCAAACAGCGUAUGCGCGCCAGGGAGCACGCCUCCCGCCGCAGGUCUGCCAGGACUGCGCGAGCCGCGUCCUAAUUGUACAAAAGAUGGACUUUGUUUUGUCGAGGUCGCUUUUGAUGUUUUUGCAUAUCGCUCGCUCUGUCUGAACGCAUUGAAUUGUUAUUUAUCUGUCCCUCCCUGUGUAGAGUAGCACACGCACUCCGUACGCGCGAGUCUCGACAGUCCUUUGAUUUGGGUGUAGAGUUUCCGCAGUUCAUAGCGUUAUGAGUACAGGUCAAGCUUAGGCCUGCCCUGGCGAUCUGCCUUCGUUCGAGAAUGUAUCUUCUAUAGUUUCUCCUUUUUUGCCGUCUGUACUUAGCCGUCGAACCGUCAGGCUCAGCUCUCAGUGUCUGUAUUUAUACUUGUUCUGUCUUU